UCAAUUCAAAAUUCCAUUCCCAUUUCCGAAGACAGCAUACCUGGCCAAGUUUCAACCCCCAAAGGUCGUUGACUCCCAUGUUCUUCUUCUCCUCGGUCCUUUCGUUUGAAUAUCGUCCUCUUCUCAUUCUUACUUAACAAGCACAACCCCUCCCGCGUAUCCAACUCCAUUCAAGGAUCUUCCCCUCGGCUCGCUUCAUUAGCCCAGAAAUGGCGUUCUUCUUUUCCUCCUCCGCUGAGACCAGCCUUGCCACCGCCAAGACGUUCGUUUCAACGGCCGCUUCCAUCGUCGCCACAGCAAUGCUUGUCCGAUCGGUGGCUCGAGACCUCUUGCCUUGGGAGAUUCAGGACUAUUUCUUCGGCAGCAUCCGUGGAAUCUUCCAUCGCUUCUCUAACCAACUCACCAUAGUAAUCGAUGAGUUUGACGGUCUCGUUGGCAACCAAAUCUACGAUGCGGCACACAUUUAUUUGGGCAAAAAGAUUUCUCCUUCCACUCGCAGACUCAAAGUUAGUAAGCCCGAUGUGGACAGAGGCUUUGCAAUCACCAUGGAACGUGACGAGGUCAUCGAAGACGUGUUCGACGGCAUCAAAUUCAAAUGGGUCUUUAUAUGCAAAGAGGCUGAAUCCAGGAGUUUUCACAAUCCUAGAGACCUGAAUUCCACGCUGCGGUCGGAAAUUCGAUCAUUGGAGCUGAGUUUCCACAAGAAGCACCAAGAGUUGGUGUUAACGUCGUACCUUCCCUUCAUUAUGCAGGAAGCGAAAUUAAUGAAGCAAGCAGCGAAGGUCUUGAGGAUCUUUACAGUGGACUAUGAGGGCAUGUAUGGAAAUCUGAACGACGCGUGGAUACCAACGAAUCUAGACCAUCCGGCGACAUUUGAGACGCUGGCAUUAGACCCGGACAUCAAGAGAUUCGUGAUGGAGGAUCUGGAGAGGUUUGUGAGGAGAAAAGAGUAUUACAAGAAGGUGGGUAAGGCAUGGAAGAGAGGGUAUUUACUGUAUGGCCCACCUGGAACGGGAAAAUCGAGCUUCAUUGCGGCAAUGGCGAAUUACUUACAUUUUGACAUAUACGAUUUGGAGCUGACAGAACUACGAUGCAACUCGGAGCUCCGACGGUUACUGGUUGCUAUGGCGAAUAGGUCUAUUCUCGUUGUAGAAGACAUUGACUGCACCGUUGAAUUUCAGGAUCGCAUGGCAAAAUCAAUGACCGCUUCCGGAUGUGGAUCCUCACAACCGCAGGUGACAUUGUCGGGGCUAUUGAACUUCAUUGAUGGUUUGUGGUCAACCUGUGGGGACGAAAGGAUUAUAGUUUUUACAACCAACCACAAAGAGAAGCUUGACCCGGCAUUGCUGCGUCCCGGUCGUAUGGAUGUUCACAUCCACAUGUCAUAUUGCACUCCUUCUGUGUUUAGGCAGCUUGCUUCUAAUUACCUUAAACUUAAACAACACCCUCUCUUCCCACAAAUUGAAGAAGCAAUCCUUGUCACCCACGUCACUCCUGCCGAAGUGGCUGAGCAGCUUUUGAAGAUGAACAGUAGUGAUUAUCACUCUACUCUUCAAGACCUUCUGCACUUUCUUGCACAGAAAAAGAUCCAGAAUGAAGAGCUUGAGGCCAGAAAGAGGGAAACAGAGCUUCUGUCUCGUGAUAAAGAAAAGCAGCCAGGUGAUGAUGACGACAAACCAGCGGAUGACGAGCAAAACGAGAGUGAUGUAGUAGUUGAGCAAGCAGUUUAACUAUAAGCUUGUAUUUUAGAUCGAGAAGGGCCAAAUAAGGUUGAGCAGUAGCAUGAUUUGGACCCUUUUUUUUUUUUUCUAAGGAGUGUGCAUCUCCUUUUGGGCUUCUUAGAUUCCUUUCCUGGACUUAUUUUUAAUGGAGGGACGGGACCAUUGUAUGUUUUAACAGCCGAUCGAACUCAUUGAAGGCAUGAUGAUUGAUGGCCUAGGGAAAAAGGACAAUUGUGACUUUUGGAGGCUAUUUUUCGGAUUCUGCUGUAAAUCAAACUGGAUUUUCCCUGUAUCAAAGGGGACUAGCGUCUUAUAUAUCUUGUCAGAGGAUAAGUAAAAUUCUAUAAAAGUUCAGAUGC